CUACGCUCCGGGAAGCAUUUUUUCCUCUCAGUCCAGUCUUCAGCUACGGACCGAUUGUGGCCAGAGGCAGGCUCUUUGCCUUUGUUAGCUAUCUUGGAAAGCACCAAGAAAAGACAGAGCCGCAUCCAUGCAAUAGCAUACUUUUUGGAAAAUGAUCAUCUGUACGAAUAAAAUGGAGUACCCCCUGAGAACCCAGUGCCAGCGAGUCCAGAAACAGGUGAAGGUUAACGGUGAGAAGGAGCGGGUGUCACUGCUGUUCAUGAAGGCUCUGGUCAGCAGGGGGAGUGUGGACGCCGUGUCCCAGCAGAUGGCUUCUCACCCUCAAUACUUGGAGAGCUUCCUGCGCACACAGCACUACAUCUUGCACAUGGACGGCCCCCUGCCGCUGCCAUACCGCCAUUACAUCGCCAUCAUGGCUGCAGCACGACAUCACUGCAACUACCUGGUGUACCUGCACUCAGCUCAGUUUCUGAGGGUGGGUGGGGACCCUCUGUGGUUGCAGGGUUUGGAGGCGGCGCCCCCUCGCCUUCGUCUCCUUGACCACAUCAACAAGGUGCUGGCCCAUCAGCCCUGGCUCACUGCCUGCUCACACAUCCAGACACUGCUGAAGUCGGGUGAGCAGUGCUGGUCGCUGGCAGAACUGGUGCAGGCUGUGGUGAUCCUGGCCCACUGCCACGCCCUCUGCAGCUUUGUUUUUGGAAGCGACACAGACUCAGACUUUGUCCCACUCUCCAAAUCUCCUAAUGGUACUCCGCCGACCUUCUGCCCCUUUGAUGCCGCCAACGGCAACACCAACGUGCCUCAGUCGCUCGCCACUCCUUCCGAACACAUAACACGACGACGGUCUCUGGACUCCAGUUUUGACGUGGUUUUUCUAAGAGAGAGGAUUCAGAAGUCCCAGGAGGAGCGUGAGAAGAGAGAAGAGCGCCUUCUGCAGACCCAGUCACUCCAACAAACAGAUAUGGAAGAGGAGGAGGAAAUGAUAUGCUUCGCAGACCCGUCACGUUUUAUCACAGACCCAGACUUUUGCUAUGAAGAGUUUGCUCGCAGGGAGGAGGACCACUUCCAAGUAUUUAGAGUUCAGGACUAUUCAUGGGAGGACCACGGCUUCUCCUUAGUCAACAGAUUGUAUUCGGACAUCGGGCACCUCUUGGACGACCGAUUCAGGAGUGUGACCACCCUCCCCUCGUUGCACAGCCCCGACCUGAAGAGGGCGAUCUGGAAUUACAUCCAUUGUGUUUUAGGAAUACGGUAUGAUGAUUAUGAUUACGGUGAAGUGAACCAGUUGCUGGAGCGUGAUUUGAAGCUGUAUAUCAAGGCCGUGGCCUGUUUUCCAGACGCCACCAAAACCCCGGUGUGUCCGCUGAGUUGGGCUGUACUUAAAACUUCAGAAAGGAUACAUGUGAAUUUACUAAUCAUGGAGGCCCGGCUGCAGGCGGAGCUGCUAUACGCUCUGAGAGCCAUCACUCAGUACAUGAUUGCCUAAGUGCUCGGAGAGGCACAAAGUCAAAACUCUUCGCCGUUACAGAGAGACCCAGAGACACGAGGAUAAAGAAGCAGUGAAGUGGGACGAGAGCGGCACUUUUAAGGAAACAGAGCUCCAUUGUUUUGUGGCUGUGCCCCAUGAAUGUGCUUCUCUUUCUCUCAGAGUUAAUGUAUUUAUACCAUAGUGUGCCACAGCCCCUUCCUCACCCCUUUCUGCAGAUUCUCUUAUUGUGAAGUCCUCUUAUCAAACAUCUCGUCUCUCAAAGGCUAUGUGCAAUUAUUACUAGCGUUGUUUUAAUUUUUACCUGUUGUCAUGUGUUCCAGCUCAGUCUGUGAAAAAACUGCUUGGUUGUAGCAGGGUGUUAUAGUGGCCAAUACUAUCCUUUUUAGUUUGAUCGGUCUCCUUUUGUAUUAACUAUGCUUUCCCAAAAGAUAUCUUUUUGUACCAGUUGAAUGAAUGUUAAUGUGAGACCAGGGUCUUUUUUCUUUUUUUUUUUUUUUUUUUUUUUUUUUUUGGGACAAUCCUAGUCAGUGUUGGAGGAGCACAUCAAGUGGACUGUGAAGGAUGACCAUUUAGCUCUCCCUAACAUCUCGUAUUAAUGCUGGUCAAGAACAAACAGAACAGUGACACUGCUGGAAGUUAUCACAUCACUAUAGUUUCUUUUAAUAAGCACUUUUUAAAACUUUAUAUAUUUAUAAUGCAAGGUAGCUUGUUAGUAGACAUUGAGACGCACAGUGUUGUGGGUCUGACGCCUUUCUUGUCACUAUAUGACGUGUAAUGAACGUUUUUAGACUGUUUGUCCUCAAACUUUCAGACUUUGCUUUUGUGCUCAACCCCAGAUCUCAGAGUGAACUUUCUUCUUAAUCCAACAUAUUUCAGUAAAUUAUUGGAAGGAUUUUGAAGGUCAUGAUGUUUGUAAAACAUAAUUCAGACCUGAUAUCAAAAUUUGUAACUAAACUGAAGUGGUCAGUGAGCUGUUUCCGACAGUGAAGAUUAAGCUGAGCCAUUUGCAGAGUGAUUGUUUUGUUUUUUUGUACUGACAUGCUUCAGUUAAGAUCAAAUCAGAGACUGAAUUUCAGACCAAAGGUCAUUUAAAAAGAAAAAAAAAAAACUCUAAAGUGAUGAAUUGGACAGAUGAAAAGUAAAAGUAGAUCUGCACUGGUCGAGUUUUUUGUGAGCUGUAUCAAAGCUGAUUAUCACGUCAAAAUACACGGUACGGUUUGCAGAGCAGAACAAUGUGCAAACUAGAUGUUAAAACACUUGUAUCUUUUCUCUGUCUUUUUUUUAUUUUAUUUUUACAGUUUUUGUAAACUAUAGAGUACUUUUUUGUUUCGUUUCUGGGUGUGACGGUAGGACCUGCUUGUUGUGCUGCAGCCUGGGUAGAUGUAGAUGUGUGACAGACUGUUUAGAGUUAGACAUUAGAUUUAGAAAAAGAAACAGAAAUGCAUAUCGACAAAAGCAAAAGCGCUGUUAACACAGGUGCCUUCAGGCUAAAACUGGAGUGCUGCUGAAGUGGAGGGAUGUAACUACUGGAGGCUGAAUGUGGGCUUUGGUUGCAGCAGGGAAACACUUCCACCUGACAAGUGCAAAACUUGUGGUGUUUCCCGCAUGGGAACGUUUUUUUCUCAUGUUGGUCAGCGCCAUUUCAGAUAAGUAUUGCAGCUGUGAAUGCCCGUGUCUUCUAUCAGACACCUUCUACAAGCCCCAGCAACCCAGCAAGAGCCUUUGACACAGAUGGAUGUUAAAAAUGUUCAACUUUAGCAGAUUUGAAAAAAUGGACAAUUAUCUAAAAAUGAAACAAUCUUAAAAAAAAAAAAAA